UGAAUUGUUGAGACUAGUAUACAAAUAACUAAUCAAUGAUGAUUUAGAACACAUUGUCAUGUGUGGAUAUAAAUAAUCAUGCAUAUUCAUAAGUUUGUUAAUAUAACUGUAAAAGAUUAAACAGAAGAUGGUAACGAUAAAGAAAGAAAGAAAGAAAGAAAGAAAAUAGAAACAUCCAUCAAUGUGUAUCUAUCUAUUUCGAAUUAUGACAAUGUUGUAGACCAGUAAUCUCUCUCACUCUCUCACUCUCUCUCCUUUUCAAUCUUUCUUCCUCUUGCACAAACAACCCUAUAAAAGCUCAUAUUAUUGUUGAAAACUAUUUGUACAUGGAUAUAAUUUGUUUGAUAACAUAAUUUUAAAAUAUGGAUCUAUUGAAUGGGAAAUGUUUGAGUAAAAUGUUAAAAUCUAAUGGUACUACUGAAAUUGCUGAUUGUGAUAAUAUAUUUUUGAAUCAUAAUGAAUUUCGUCAAUAUGGAACAAAAAUGAUUCAAUAUGUAGCGGAUUAUUUAGAAACUAUUGAUAAAAGAAAAGUAUUUCCAAAAAUACAUCCAGGUUAUUUAGCUAAAUUAAUACCAAAUGAAGCACCGAAUGAAUCAGAAAGUUGGGAAGACAUUAUGAAGGAUGUAGAAAAGCUUAUAAUGCCGGGGGUUACUCAUUGGCAACAUCCGCAUUUUCAUGCUUAUUUUCCUUGUGGUUGUUCAUACACUUCAAUAUGUGCUGAUAUACUCGCUGAUGGUAUCUCAUCCAUCGGAUUUACUUGGGUUUCAAAUCCAGCUUGCACAGAACUAGAAGUUGUAAUGAUUGAUUGGAUGGCAAAAACCUUAGGUCUACCUGAACACUUUUUAUUUGGUGAAAAUACCGGUGGAGUGAUACAAGGUAGUUGCAGUGAAUCAACAUUAGUCGCUCUAUUGGCUGCACGUAACAAAGCUAUUACACAAUAUCAAAAUAUCCAUCCAAAUGUAAAUAAUUAUGAUGCUUUAUCAAAGCUUGUUGGUUAUUAUUCUGAUCAGGCACAUAGUUCAGUUGAACGAGCUGGUUUAAUAGGAAUGCUUCAAUUACGUGCAAUAAAAUCCAAUGAACAUUAUGAAAUGGAUACAACUAUAUUAAAGCAAACGAUUGAAGAUGAUGUAAACAAUGGAUUAAUACCAUUUUUUUGUUGUGCCACAUUGGGGACUACAGCAACUUGUGGAUUUGAUAAAUUAAAAGAUAUUGGACCUAUUUGUGAUAAAUAUAAUAUCUGGUUGCAUGUAGAUGCAGCAUAUGCUGGGUCAUCAUUUAUUUGUCCAGAAUAUAGAUAUUUAAUGGAUGGAAUCGAAUAUGCUACGUCAUUUGUAUUCAAUCCACAUAAAUGGUUACUGAUUAAUUUCGAUUGUUCAAUUGUAUGGUAUCGAGAAGUGAAUUGGGUAAAAAAUUCAUUUCAUGUUGAUCCACCGUAUCUAAAGCAUAAACAUCAACAAACUACCAUCGAUUUUAGACAUAUGCAUAUUCCAUUGGGUAGAAAAUUUAGAUCAUUGAAAAUUUGGUUCACUUUAAGAAGAUAUGGUGUGAAAAAUCUACAAAAAUACAUUCGAAAUCAUAUACAAUUAGCUCAUUAUUUCGAAAAACUUAUACAAGCUGAUGAUCGUUUUGAAAUUGUUGCCGAUGUUCUAAUGGGUUUAGUUUGUUUUCGGAUCAAGGAUAAUAACGAAUUAACCAAACAAUUAUAUCAUAAUAUUGAAUCUGAUGGUAGAAUUCAUUUAGUUUCAUCAGAAUUACAUUCACCGGCACCACUUUAUUUUAUACGGUUUGCUAUAUGUUAUCAUUCACCAAAUAAACAACAUAUUGAAUAUGCAUAUCAAGUAAUUCAUGAAUUAUGUAAUCAAUUAUUAGAUCAACAAUCCAAUCCAAUUCCCAAUCAACAAAUCAAUCAUGAAAAUAUUAAUUUGUUAUUACUUGAUCAUGAAAAUCAUAAUUGA